AUGUCAUUCGGAGCCAAAGCAUCUCAAAGGUUGGCUAAUAAGACGAUUUUGAUAACAGGUGCAUCAUCUGGAAUUGGAGAAGCAACUGCCAAAGAGUUCGCAGCAGCAUCCAAUGGUCAGAUUAAAUUGAUCUUAACUGCUAGAAGAGAAGAAAAAUUACAAAAGUUAUCUUCCUUGUUAUGUCAUCAAUAUCCGAGUAUAAAGAUCCAUCCUUCAAAGCUUGAUGUCUCUGUUAGUAACACAAUUGCCCCGUUUAUAAACCUGCUUCCGACAGAAUUCGCAGAUAUUGAUGUCUUGAUUAAUAAUGCUGGUAAAGCUCUAGGCAAAGCUCUGGUUGGAAGCAUUAAAGACGAGGAAAUUAAUGGUAUGUUUGACACCAAUGUUCUUGGGCUCAUUCAUAUGACUCAGGCUGUAAUGCCGAUCUUCAAGAAGAAAAAUAGGGGCGAUAUUGUGAACAUAGGUUCUAUUGCUGGCCGGGAACCGUACCCUGGUGGAGCAAUUUAUUGUGCUACGAAGGCUAGUGUUCGAUACUUUUCUCUGGCAUUGAGGAAAGAGACCAUCAACACUGGAAUUAGAGUCUUAGAAAUCGAUCCUGGUGCAGUAGAAACGGAAUUUUCUUUAGUCAGAUUUGGCGGAGAUGCAGAGAAAGCAAAGGAAGUGUACAGUGGUACAGAGCCCUUGACUGGCGAAGACAUCGCUGAGAUAAUUGUCUUUGGGGUUAGCAGAAGGGCUAAUACGGUGAUUGCAGAGACUUUGGUUUUUCCUACUCAUCAGGCUGGCGCUAGCCAUGUUUAUAAAAAACCCUCCAAUUAG